CCUUAAACCCGAGUGUGUAAGCGAUGGAAAGAAAAUGGAAGAGACAGUGCGUGCACACACCGCAAACCGGAACUUAAAAUAGCAUUAUGAGGUGAAGUGUAUGCGUUUUUUCGAUACUAAAACAACGCGGGAAUGAUAUUUGUAAAACUUCAGCAAAGCUAAGACUUUGUACGUUGCAAGUAUGGAAAGGCAGGUUGAUAAAGAAGGGUGGGGGGGAUGUAAGGGUGAGUGGAGAUGGUGAAGAAAGAUUAGAAGCAUCCCAACUCUGAAAGGUUGUUUUGGUUUUGCGCAGUGUGUGGCGUAUGUUUUGCUUUAGGUGUGGGGUGCAAUGUCAUUGGAUGGAGUAUUGAGCCAGCUCAACAUUAUCCGAAAUCGUACCGUGCUUUACAGGCUGUUUAAUUUAAUGUGCAUGAGAUUUCAAAUUAAAAUACAAAAAAACUUACCCUGUAUUACUACACCCACGAUGAUUCAGGAGCCAUGUUGCUCUGGAUCUCUUGAUGAUGCUUCCAUUAUUUGAGUCUGUUCGUGUUUUCUAUCAUUAUGCUUGCGUUGUUGUGUACCGCAGUACAUCAGCGAUCAUUUAAACAAAAAAAUGGCAAGAAACACAACACGAAUGGGUUAAGAAAAACUGCUUCUAGAAAUAUGUGACAGGCAAAAACGUAUCGCUUUCAUUGGAGUUAAAGAAGUGGUGGUAAGUGGUUGGUGGUUACAUUACAAUUAGCUGGUAAGGUAUAACACGAGAGUUGCGAGGGAUUUAAAAUCUCCAAACAAAUAAUUAUAUAUUAAAACGCAAGGAUCAGUGGGUGAUUGAGUAAGAUGUGCACCGAUUCGGGGUGCGAACGAGAGUGAUCUAAUCGCGGUCGCGGAUAGUAACAGUACCUUUAGGAUCAUAAACUUAACGUCACGUUCUUAGCGCCAUUGGCCGUUCGAUGUAACAAAAAAAAAGCAAGGAUGUAGUUUUUAUCCCGCAAACAUCCUAAGCGCGUGUCAGCCAACCCCAUGUAAUGCCUGAAACUGCUGUGUCCUGAAUCUAGACCUAAAUUGAUUUGAUUGCACGGCGUGUGCGUAUGAAUGUAUGUUUGUGUGCGCACACACGCAACACACAUGGACCUACACUGAGGUGUAGCUAUAUUUUACUAAACCAAAUGCAAACAUUCACUCCUACCACUGCGUGAUAUAAAGGAUAUAAACUUAACGAAAUAAACAAAACGGUAGGGACGAGAAUAAACGAUGGUAAAACACGUGCUCUCUACCUUUUAGAAGCAUACUCUCUUUCACACACAUUCAAAGGGCACGCGACACUUGGUGGAGGCAGCAACAGCAGCAUCCUGUGUAUCUCUAAACUCUCGGAAGAAAAAAAAAUGUCAUGCAUACACGCAACUGUAUAAGAAAUCAAAUUAUUCAAAGCUAUAGUCAUUGAAACUAUAUUAA